AUGUCUAGCAUCAGGCGAACUUACAGCUCUAGAAGCACCCCAGCACAUCGCUCGUCUUCCCCGUCCGGGCUUGAUUCAUCGUCGCCGAGGCUCUCCUCGAAGCGGCCCCUAGCCGAACCUUCAACUCUAGCCAAUACUCGCCCCCUGAAGCGAUCUCGCACAUCUACCUCUGACAUAUCCAAGUCUCAAUCCGCAAAGUCUGGAAAGACCAAGAAACCCCAGGCCAAACUCACGCAACUACACUUCGCCAUCGACACGUCCAUACUCAAGACAUGUGCGAAAUGCAAUCUCACGUUCACGAAGGGUGCACCCGAAGACGAGACUUUGCAUCGUGCACACUGCGCACGUGUACAAAGGGGUGCGGAAUGGGGCAGGGAGGAGCAACGUGAGGCGGUCAAGGCUGGUGUGGUGGAGAUCGAGUCGGACGUGAAGAUCAAGGGUGGGCGGAAAGGACGGAUCAUUGCUGUUCGCGCAGACUCGACUGGCAAGAUUGGUUCCAAAAUUGCCAUGCUACUCGAGACCAUCAGCCUCAACCUAUCCUCGCCACCGCUGAGCAACGACAUAUUGCGCGUCUCCAAACUAUACCUAUUCUUACUGCCGACAUCUGGAGCAUCAACACGAGAGACUAUUGCCGGAUGUGUUGUCGCACAACAUAUCGAGACGGCUAUGGCCAUCGCGCCACCAGAAGCCUCCGACACAGCCACACCAGAAUCGUCGCCAUCUGUGGCAAACCUGGUGGUCGUCGACACGGACACCGGUCUGAACUGCCUGCCCACACCUCUACCGACGUCAAUGGGCAUCCCUCGAUUGUUCGUACCAACCGCAUACCGUCGCUUCGGCAUCGCACGGACAUUGCUGGAUGCUGCUGCCCGCACAUUCAUACAUGGAUGCAAGCUGGACCCGCGCGUCGGAGACGUCGCCUUCACGCAACCCACGCAAUCGGGACAAGCAGUGAUGGAAAGCUGGGGUGGCGGAGGAGUACGCAUAUAUCAGGAGUAG